CCCGCACCGGGCGCUGACCCCCUCCCACAACCCCCCCAGGCGCCGGGCCGCAUGAACAAUAGGCGGCGGUACCGGCCCCGCCGCCCCCCGCAGCGCCCGGCAGCCGCGGGCGCUUCCCCCUAUGGAGCAGCCUCGCCAUGGAGCCCCUCACAGAGCUCAGCCAGGAGGGCGCGGGCGGCGGGGAGCCGCCGGGCGGCGGGCCGCUCUGGACCGCCGUCUUCGAGUACGAGGCGUGCGGCGAGGACGAGCUGAGCCUGCGGCCGGGGGACGUGGUGCAGGUGCUGUCCCGGGACUCGCACGUGUCCGGCGACGAGGGCUGGUGGACGGGCAAGAUCGACCAGCGCGUCGGCAUCUUCCCCAGCAACUACGUGAGCAGCGGCGUGCAGGGGGGCGGCCCGGAGCUGCGGGCCCGAUACCCGCCGCCCCCCGCCAUACAGCUCCUGGAGAUCGACUUCUCAGAGCUUGUUCUGGAGGAAAUCAUUGGCAUAGGGGGCUUCGGAAAAGUGUAUCGAGCUGUAUGGAUAGGAGAUGAGGUUGCUGUCAAGGCAGCUCGCUAUGAUCCUGAUGAGGACAUCAGCCAGACCAUUGAGAAUGUCCGUCAAGAGGCCAAGCUCUUUGCAAUGUUAAAGCAUCCCAACAUCAUUGCCCUCAGGGGCGUGUGUUUGAAGGAACCUAAUCUUUGCUUGAUCAUGGAGUUUGCCCGUGGUGGAUCACUAAAUAGAGUGUUGUCUGGUAAAAGGAUACCUCCUGACAUACUAGUGAACUGGGCAGUACAGAUUGCAAGGGGAAUGAACUAUCUGCACGAGGAAGCAAUUGUUCCCAUAAUUCACCGUGACCUGAAGUCCAGCAACAUACUGAUACUCGAAAAGGUGGAAAAUGGAGAUCUGAGCAACAAGAUAUUGAAGAUCACGGAUUUCGGCUUGGCCAGGGAAUGGCAUAAAACUACCAAAAUGAGCGCAGCUGGGACAUAUGCCUGGAUGGCUCCUGAGGUCAUCCGCUCCUCCAUGUUCUCCAAAGGCAGCGAUGUGUGGAGUUACGGUGUGCUGCUUUGGGAACUGCUAACAGGAGAAGUACCAUUCCGAGGAAUUGAUGGUCUUGCAGUAGCAUACGGUGUUGCCAUGAAUAAACUUGCCCUUCCAAUCCCUUCCACAUGUCCAGAGCCUUUUGCCAAACUCAUGGAAGAUUGUUGGAACCCUGACCCACACUCACGACCUUCCUUUGCCAGUAUCCUAGACCAUCUCACCGCCAUAGAAGAGUCUGGUUUCUUUGAAAUGCCCAAAGAUUCCUUCCACUCCUUGCAGGAAGAUUGGAAACAAGAGAUCCAAGAGAUGUUUGAUCAGCUCAGAGCCAAAGAAAAGGAGCUGCGCACAUGGGAAGAAGAGCUGACUCGUGCUGCUGUUGAACAGAAGAACCAUGAGGAGUUGCUACGAAGGAGGGAACAGGAGCUGGCAGAACGUGAGAUUGACAUCCUGGAAAGGGAGCUCAACAUCAUUAUCCACCAGCUGUGUCAGGAGAAGCCUCGGGUUAAGAAACGCAUGGGGAAGUUCAAGAGAAACCGGCUCAAGUUAAAAGAUGGCAAUCAUAUCAGUCUGCCUUCAGAUUUUCAGCAUAAAUUCACUGUGCAGGCUUCUCCAACGAUGGAUAAAAGGAAAAGCUUGAUCAGUAGCUGCUCCAGCCCUCCUGCAAGUCCUACCAUUAUUCCCAGACUCAGGGCCAUACAGUUGACUCCUGCUGAAAGCAGUAAAACAUGGGGGCGAAGCUCAGUCCUUCCAAAGGAGGAAGGAGAGGAAGAAGAGAAGAGAGGUCAAAAGAAAAAGGGACGCACUUGGGGCCCGAGCUCGCUUUGUCACAAGGAGCUAGGUGCAGGAGAAGAUGGUUUGAAAGCUCUGGUAGAAGGAUACAAACAGUGGUCAUCCAGUGCACCGAACCUUGGAAAGAUCCAGAGAACUGCGCCUGCUUUUCCAGGAUUCACCAGCUUAGCAGAGAUGGAUGAUGAAGACAGUGAAUGCCUUAAUGGGGAGGGCAAGGUGCACCCUUCACCCGGGCACAAUCAGUCAUACCUCUGCAUCCCAUUUCAGAAGAAUGAAGACUGGGAUGGCCCUUCUAGUGAUGCCAAUGAGGAGUCCACCCCUGUGAACUCUGCUACUAGUACCCCACAGCUGACACCCACCAACAGCCUCAAACGUAGUGGCUCCCACCACAAGCGAUGUGAGAUUGCAUUGCUUGGCUGUGGAGCAGUGCUGGCUGCUGCAGGCCUGGGUUUUGAUCUAUUAGAAGCAGGGAAGUGUCAGCUGCUGAUUGAGGAGGAGCCGGAGGCACCCAAAGAAGAGAAGAAGAAGCGUGACAGCCUUUUCCAGCGAGCUGGGCGCCCACGCAGGAGCACUAGUCCACCUUCCCGAAAGAUCUUCAAGAAAGAUGAUCCCAUGUUGUUGCUAGGCGAGCCAUCCACAUCCCUCACCCUUCUGUCCCUGUCUUCCAUUUCUGAAUGUAAUUCCACCCGGUCCCUGCUGCGCUCAGACAGUGAUGAGAUUGUGGUGUAUGAAAUGCCUGUCAGCCCGGUGACAGUCAAGGCUCCCUUGCCAGCCAUUACCAACCCACUAGUCAAUGUCCAGAUCGAGAGGUUCAAACAAGACCCCAACCAGUCCCUGACUCCCACCCAUGUGACGCUCUCUUCCCACACCCAGCAAAGCGGGCACAGGCGCACACCUUCUGAUGGGGCCAUCAAAGGGAGUGGACUAGUUGUCAAUGGGUGCCCAACCAGUGGAUGCCCUUCCAGUAGCUGUUUAACUGGAGCACUGGGAGCAGGUGUAUUAAAAACACCUAGUCCAAGUAGAGAUCCCAGUGAGGUCCCUCGCCUGCCAGACCCCAACCUUGUUUUCCCUCCAGCCCCGAGACGAUGGAAUGCACAGCAGGACCCCACACUGGAAAGACCCAAGACACUGGAAUUCCUGCCUCGGCCACGUCCAGCAGCCGGGCGGCAGCGGCUUGAUCCCUGGUGGUUUGUAUCACCCAGCAAUGCCAAGGGUGAAUCUUCUGCCAACAGUUCAAGCACUGAUACUCCAAGCAAUCUGGACUCUUGUUUUGCUAGUAGCAGCAGCACUGUAGAAGAGAGACCUGGACUGCCUGCACUGCUUCCUUUCCAGGUGGGUCUUCCUGUAGAGGAGCGGACACUGUUGGACAUAGAUGCUGAGGGGCAGAGCCAGGACAGCACCAUUCCGCUAUGCAGAAGUGAACUUAACACAAACAAAGCUGCAGCAUAUGAACUCAAGCAAGAAUUCUGGUCUUAGUAUGAAAUCCACUGGGGACAGUGAGCCCCUCUAAAUUCAAUCCUACUUUUUGCACUGAGAAUGCACUUUGAAGACAGAUGAGAUGGAGGGAUGCUACAGAGAUCAUAUGGUGCUGCCUCUGCUGAAGAUGUGUUGUUCAACUGCCUGCUUUUUGUCUGCAGUUGGAUGAAACUUGUCAGCUCUGAGCUGCUGACUUGCUGUGGGAUUUUUCUGUAGUCUUCCCUGCCCUCUUAUUGCAGUUUGAAUCUGCAAUAAGCUAAAAUUAUCAUAUCAAAGUCUUUGUUACUGACCUGGUAGGAUUUGGCACUUGCAGUAAGUAUAUUGAUAUCUAUCCUGGUAUUAAUCAGUAUUUUCAAAACUCAAAUAUUACACUGCAGCAGACACCAGUGUUUGAUGUUUUCCCAAGGAAUCCAGGGCAAAACCAAGUAAAUAUCUGGAGACUACAUUCUCUAAAAUGUGUUCAGAUCAUUAGAUAGGCCUGGAAUCAUGGUACCCCCACCAAAGGAGCAGAAGUAGCUAUCUUAGACUCACUUGUCCUCUUUUGCUCAUGUGAUAGUGCAAGGUGGAACAGAUUGCAGAGGAAAGGGCAUGGCAUCCCCACUGAUGGAGUUUUUUGAGAACAGACCAACUAGACUGUUGGGAAUGAGUAGGUGUAGUUGGUCCUGACUUCAAGGCAGAUUGGAUGGACUUCAGUGAUCUCUUGAGGUCCUUCUUGGCCCUAUUUUUCUAUGAUCCUGUGCUUUCAAAAAGAUGAAGGCUUAUGGUAUAGCUGUUAACUCUAGCUUGCUUUUUUGUUUAAAACUUUAGUUUCAUCAGCCUCCUUUCCCCAUCCUCUGUAUCCCAGGCUCGUAGUCAAGCUGCUGCAGCUUUGGGAGAGAAAUUAGCAGGAACUCUUUCUUUAAAGCUGUGUUGGCUUGGUUGUGUCCUCUCACUUGUUUGGUUUUUUUUUUUUCCUUCCUGGUUUUACUCCUUUCUUACACUUUUUAGGAGUGGCCCUUGAAACCCAAGACUGUUCUUCUGCGCACUGAUAAUUGUUUAAGGCUCUUUUGAAAUUGAGGCUUGUUAGUAGUUGGAUUGUGCAAACAGGAAUCAGAACAUCUGGAUUCUGUUUUAUUUUGUCACUGACUCACUGUGUGACUGUGGGCAAAUAAUGUAACCUCUGUGCCUGAAUUUCCCCAUCUGUAAAUAAUAGGAAUAAUACCUACCUCACAGGGGGAGGGGUUGGGACAUAUAUAAUAGGUAUAAAGUCCUUUGAGAUCUUUGAGUGAAAGGCACUAUAGACAUGUAAAACUUUAUUCUUGUUCAAAUAUGUAAAAACUCCUAACUGGAGCAAGAACAGACCCCUGUGUUGAAGGAGGAAGUCACACAAAUAGGGCGUGCCUAUGCUCACAACAUUCUGUACAGAGACUGCAAGUGUGUAUGUGCCUCUGCAGGUAUAUCUUACUGGCUUUAAUGAGAGCUUCACUCUUCCCCAGUUUUGGCAUUAUAAAUAAAGGAUGUGGCCUUUAUAUAAGCGUAAUAGGGUAGUCUGCUUUAUUGCAGGGUACAGCAUAUCUGUUCACUCUUCUUGUACAGAUCAAUGCUCAAUGCUCAUUUUGCUAAUCUACUGACCAUUUGGGUACAAAUAAGUGAUUUGACAGUGCUGCUGUUGCAGUUCUCAACCUGUUAGGGCAGUCUAUGAAGGCAGUGUAGCUGAAUACUUUCUCGAAGUUGUCAGCACAGAGAACCUGUGUGUUUUAAAUGUUUGUAACCUAAUGUUAAAAACCAGCAUGUGUGGGGAGGUACUGUACUUAAGGGGUUUUAGUUCUGUUCGAGGGCUAAACCCAGCAUGUUGCCAUUAGUCAAGCGCAUCUUUUUUUUUCCAAGCAAUUACAGUAUAUUUUCCUGUAGAAAGGUCACAGGUUUCUUGUUGAUCACAUUCCAUGAAAUGUGUUUAAUGGCAGAAUUGCUUUUUGCUGGCUUCCCCAGUGGAUGCUCCAGAGCUAGCCUUAAUGGUGCUAUCCAGCUGCUGAAGCUGGAUAGGCUGUUGACUGAAGGCAAGGUGUUCUGAUUUGGAGCUAAGAUACUUAUAAAGAAAACCUGAAUUGCUUACACUUCUGUUAAAUGAAGACCUUUAGCAUUAUUGAUUUCUUAAGCAUUCAUCCUUUUGCUUUCCAUUUCUGAAAACUCAGCCAAACCCCACCCAGCAGAUGGUUAAUUUGGAUUGUGCUGUAAAGAAAAACUCAAGGUAUGAUCAGAGGGUCAUAAAAGUAGGAGAUCAAAAAUAUCUAUUUUUCAUACUCUCCCUUACCAUUUUACCAUCUGAAACAAAACUGGAUUAGCAGUUCUGAAAUGUAAUGUUUUCUAUCUAAAAAGUAUCAUUACAAAUGUCAUAGGAAACAUCAUCAUUUAAGGCAUCACCUGGAAUAGAUCUGUUUAAACAGAAAAAGAUCUGCUUACUUGCAUGAAGUGGGAGGUUACUUUUCUGAUCAUGUUAGUUUACUCAGCCCACUAAACUCUAUGAUAGUUGGCCAGUUACUUUUACCAAGUCAACCAUAAGGUUUCUGUCAAAUCCCCAGCAGACAAGACAGCUGUAAAGCCAAGUUGUUGUGUCACCUCUUUUGCUUAGGAAAGUUGAGGAUGAAGCAUCAAAACCCCUUUCCCCUUUCUCCCUUUUAGAUAACAACUUGGUGACAGUGGUGUGUAGCUGACCCAUGGCAAGUAUUUUGCUCGGAAGACCAUCUUCCCUAAUACCAAAUAGACAUUGUUACAUCAAGGGAACUAGGUAGGACAGAUGACAAAAAGUCAAGGAUUCAGAUCAGGGUUUCCAACCUAGAUACUCUCUAUUACAAAGCUGACAGAAAGACUAGGUAGAAGUGUAACAGUUGGUGUCGUGGUGGUGUUUUUUUGUUUUGUGGGUUUUUUUGUUUGGUUUGGUUUGUGGGUUUGGGUGUGUUAUGUUGCUGUUUUGUUGGGGGUUUUUGUUUGUUUCUUAACACUCCCUGGAUAAUACCUUUUCACCAUCUAGCAGGUGAGGUAGCCUUUGAGCAUCAACCCAUAACUGUCUUCCAGCUGGGAGCCCUGUGGCUAUCCUGAGGUAUCAGGCAAGAGGAGUCUGCUGUAGAACCAAAGCUAGUGGCUUUAGGAGGUGGUGGGUAUUCUCUGGCAGGUGGAAUGGGCUCUCAAGCCAAAGAGUUCUCAGGUGCUUUACCUUAUGCAUCCCAAAAGCUGCUGCAACUGGUGCCCUGAAGCCUAGAGGCUAUGUGCAUGUUUAAGCUAGCUGGUAUCCUCUCCCUAUUUCUAUCUGUGCUAUCCUGGCUUAAUUUCCCUCCUUUCUUAAUAUUUUGGGAGUUUCCUUCCUAGUUGUUGGAGCUGAGGUGCUCCAAAUCUCCACUGUAGACACUGAGAACAUAUAAGCCCAUCAGCUCACAGGUCUUUUUUUUUUUUUUUUUCCUACUUGUUAGUAUUGAGAUUUGUCAGGGAGACAAAAGUUCCAGAAUAUUGUUGAUUGACAUACCCUUCCAGCAGUGCUCUUGAGGAAGAUGGUGAAAAGCUUUCUAUUAAAAAAUAUUAAUAAAUGUAUUGUUUCUUAAAUAACUGAAUAUUUUUUUCUGAGAAAAAGAUACAAUGAGAGCGUAAAAUCACUGAGCAGUCUAAACAUAAUGACAAAAGAAUGGUGUAAAGUGUGUUUAAAUAAUUACAGGGCUCACAAGGAGGAAGUGACACAUUUUUAAACUGAUAGUUGCAAGAUUGUUGCUGAGAGAAAUUUUUCUGGUCUGGAAAAGUAUUUUAUUUUAAAUAGUCAGCUGGCAGUAUACAUCAUUAAUUUGUAUAACUGAUGUGGCCAUUUAGGAAAUAGAAAAAAGUUUGCCAGCCCUUCAAAAUAUGCUAUCUUUGUCGCCUGUUUGUUUUUCCUGUAAAACUGGGGGGAGAGCACAGACAUAGCAACCAGUGCAAAAAAUGACAAAUUCUUUGAUAGAUUUCUACUGUUUUCAUAGAAAUUGAGUGGGGGACAAAGGUAGAGAGAGAAGAAAGCUUUUGUGUCGAAACUAAAGUGAUAAUAGUUUCUAACACUGUUGCUUCCUAUGGACUGCACAAUGCUCUAUUUUGCCAGCAAGUAGGUUUUGUCUCCUUCCAAUCCUUUUCAGAGGUGCAUAUGUAACUCUAUAUAGGUGUGUUGGGUGUUUUUUUUCCUUCAGGUUUUUAUUACAAUGGGUUGAUAUUCAGCAUGGGGCCAGGAACCUCAGUGAAAAUAUUCUUUUUGUAAUGGUUUCCUAACAAAGUGAGUAUUUUCAAAGUGAAUUUUUCAUCAUUGAUGUGGAAAAGCCUGUUCUGGUUUGGCAUGCUUUUAUGAUGAAGUAUUUUUCUGUACCUCUAGGAAUGGGAGUAGUUGCCUUCCUCUUCAUAGCAUGCUGUUAUCUUAAGACUUGAUGGACAAUACUGCAUAGAGAUAUUACUUGGAUGUGGCAUGAAACCAGAUACCUCUCAUUCUGUUGAAGGUGAGGCAGUAACGGUCAAGUAAAGAAAGGUCUUUGCCAUCUAAAGCGUUAUGUUAAAUGGAAAAUUACUGGAGUCACCUUUGUAUAUUAAGCUUAACUUUUAUUUGAAACUGGAAUUCAUCUCUGUGGGAUGAAUAUGGGAGCUGGAGUCCCAUUAAAUGUAUGAAAGCAAACCCAAUACUGUGUCACAGAAUUCAAUGAUAGCCUGUUACUUUUGUAAGUAAUUUUAAGCUAAUACUAAUGGGUUUGUUUAUUUGGGGGUUUUUUGGAAACCUUUCUUCUUGGAAAAAGUGCUUACUGCUUUCUAACCUUUUCCAUGUGUUCUAGAAAUAUUCCCAAGAACUCUUACCAACUGUAUGGCAAAUAAGGAGGCUUAUAUCUUGCACAGUGAUAACAGGUCAUCCUUCUGGCUUCACUUUUUUCAGUAUGAAACAAGGACUCCUAUAGUUGGAAAUGAAGAUUUCUGAUCCUUGAUCCUUCCCCUGUUGCUGCAGAACAGUUUCUUAACUUCCAUAUUUAUAACUCCAGGCUAUAGUUCGGGUAAAAGUGGACGUUAAGAGUGAGGGGGUAGGCAUGUGUUAAAACAUAUUUGCGAACAAGCAAUAAAUACAGCAUUUAUGUGCAAAGACAACCAAAACAUGCUGUCACGGAAGGUAACUUUCAGACUUCAUAACUAUGGUUGAUCAUUUAAUUAAGAUAUCUUUAGGAAAGAAUGCAUUCUUCUGGUUUUCUAAGUUUCCUAUUGUAAGAUGCACAGCCAGUGGUAUUGUAUCCAGCUGGACAGAAAGCAUCUUUAACCAAAUUUUUCUCUCUCUCCCCCCCCCCCUUUUUUUUCUUUUGCUAUUUCCAGUUCAAUCUGUGGUUUGGAUUGUUUUGGUUUGGUUUCGAGGUUUUUUGUGUGGUUAACAAACACAAGAGUCUUAAGAAGAACUUAGGUCUAUUGUGAGGCAGUAUGGAAAUGCAUUUAUGGCUUAUUCUGCUGCUCGCUGUAUUGAACGCACUAGUAUGCAGUCACAUGCUGCAGUUAAAAUGUGCAUUUGCUUUUGUUUUUUUCUCAUGCUCAGCUUUUUCAAGCAGCUUUGCCAUUGGUCAGAGAUGAAUACAGCUUCUGAAAUGGCCUACGUCAGCUUUAUUUUUGAAUGCUAAAAGAAAGUCAUUUGCAGGCUGAGGUGUGUGUGCUUGAUGAAAAAGGUAAAUAGCCACUGGUGACUGGGUGGUGGGUCUGAUGUAGCUACCAGACUUAUUAUUGAUCCUAUCUAACAAGGAACUGCAACUGGAAAGUCUUCAGCAUUUCAACAGUGUUUGUAUACAAGAAACACAUUUCAUCUCCCUCUGUACAGGAGUGAAAAAUAUUUUUCUUUUAUUUCUUUUUUUCCUUUGGUGCUAAAUGACCAGGAACAUAAUUUUCCUCCUGAGAAUGGCUUCUUGCACUGUUUGUGGUUUGUUGGUUUUGCAGGGUUUUUGUUUGGCUGGUUUUUUUGUUUGAGCCUGUGAAAUACAUAUGUAUGUGUUAGGUGCAUCCUGUGUUUCCAGGUGCCUUCCAUUUCAUGCCUCCUUGCUAGGGCCUGAGGUUGUUAUUUGGAGGGAACUCGAUGGUUGUAGCUUUUAGUACUAUAGCGUUCUUCAUCACACAUCAGGCCAUCACACACCAGCACACACCAAACAUUUCAUGUCCUCCCAUUUAGUAAUGUGCAUUAUAUAAAUGUGUUAUCCGUAUCUCUCAAUGAGAAUUCUGCCUCUAUCCCAUCUUUAUUGGUUAUUAAUUCUUGCUACCAUAGUACUUGCAGGCCUAAGAUGGAAACCAAUACAUGUUUUAGGUGUGCUUUGACCUUAAAUGUUUCCAAGCUGGAAGUGUAAGACACAACUGGGAGAAGUGAAAGCAGAGGUUGGCAGAAAAUAGCAAAUAAAAUAGAGAAAUUAUCCUUCUUAAUAUAGUAAGCAGAGGACAGAGGGAUACUAGCUGCUUGGUAAUCUAUUGGCAUUGUAGGUAAGUUGUGUCCUAAAGAAGAAUUUAAGGAGUGUGUAGUGGGCUGGUUGUUUAAUUUUAUUUUACCCUGAGCUACCUCAUUUGUAGAGAUGGAAUGGGAAGAAGGUGUAAGUUUUGGUAAGAAUUGCUCUAGGUAGGCAGUUGAGGCUGGAGUGAUGGGAAGACAGAGGCAAACACUUGUAUUUGGCUCUUUGACAUGCAAAUUCCUGAUGGAAAAAUAAAUCCAGCAGUUCAGUUUUAAAAGUUAAGAUUACACUUGCGCUUGCUAUGUAUGUCUCCAAAAGAAACAAUAAAUGACAAGGCAGGGUGUUUUCCUGAUGGUUUCCAACCUGUGCAAGAGCUGAAUGUCCACAGACCAAAAGGUGAUUUCAUAUUGGUCACUUCUGCUUUUAAAAGUGAAGGUCUGUUUUUUUGAAAACAGAUCUUUUUAAAAAUAAUCUCGUGCUUUUAAAGCAGACCUCCACACAAUCCUGAUUGUUCCCCUGUAUUUGCAGUUUUGUUUUCCUAAUGUAUCGGAUCCUAAUACAGUCCUUAUUGUAUCUGAAUUCUAAUAAUGUGCAGACAGCCCAAUAUAGUUAAUAUUAAGAAACCAUGACACAUUUUUAGUGUGUAGUGUAAUGGAUUUACAAGCUUGGCUUGAAGUGGGCUAUUGUUAGGUCUGUAACUGAUGGGUCAGAUGAAUGCAUAGCUGGCAGAAGGGGGCUUAGAUCUGCAGGAGGAAUGCCAAAGUUUUAUUUGCUUAAAAUAAACUAUUUGAAAAAUAAUCGGGGGCGGGGGGGGGGGGGUGGGUUGAGGGAGAGAGAGAGGUUUAAUGGAGCAGAGAGAUGUGCUGCUGUUUUUUCCAAGCUUCAUUGAUAAGAAUGCUGCUAACAGCAAUUUCAUUAUAUAUAGAUGAACAAGUUAUUUGGAAACCUUUGUACUUGGUUUCUCCUAAUUGAGUUUCAGAACAAACCUGGCCUCUGAUUACUGUUUGGCAUAGCUCUGUUGCACACUGAGCUUCUUGAAUUCAUCUACAUCUGAAGUAGAACUGAGCUUCUUCCUUGGGUUCUCUGGAAUCUGUCAAUGUGGCCACUUCUCAGCAUGGGUAAUGUAUUUUCUCCCAGGCCCAGUUGGUGUCACUAAAUGAUUUGUCAUCCUCAACUGAUUGCCCAGAUAUUCAUAGCAGGCUUGUUCUUCUGUCUUGCAUGCUUUAAUGAGCAGCUCUUACAAAGUCAACAGGGUUAGCAUUUGUAUCUGAAUAGGGCAGCUAAUACCUCUGAGCUGACUCUUCACAUUGCAUCUCAAGCAGUUACUGCUUUAGUUCUGCCAUUGCUCUGUUUUCAAGGUUAUCUUGACAACCAUAACAUCUAGAAAUCCUAGACUGUAAAGAAUAAAGCCACAGGGAAAAAAAAAGGGGGGGGGAAGGAAAAAAGGUUGAGUUUGGGCAAAGAGUAAAAUCUGUUCUUUGUGCAGUCUCUUUGCGGAUGGCUAAAUUCAAAGUGGAGAAUGUAUCUAGAUCCACUGAAAGUCAGUAGGCACCAGUGCUCCUCAUAUUUGGCAGUUAUAAUAGCAAACCACGUAAAGCCAAGGACAUCUAGUAGUAAAAGUUUAUAUUUAGGGUAAUUAACUUUGAAGUUAAAAGGGAAGAGGCCUCAAUUCAAGAAAGCUGUUCAUCACGUACUUAAACAUCACUGAAGUCAGUGGAAUGUAUCUGUGGGUCAAAAUGUACAAGACCCCAGUUCAGCAAAGCUCUUUUAACCUAAAUUGGGGGAUUGUCCUGUAGAGAUUAAUGGUGAAGGACCAGGCUCUGUAUGUUGAUUGUCAGAGGAAAGAGUCAAUUUACCUGAGGAUGGAGUUCCUUCACAAGCCUCUGGGUAAAUGCUCGUUUGAUUGCAGGCCCUUGUGGCCUUUCCCUGACUGCACAUGCCAUGCUGCUUUGACUGCUAAUUCUUACCACAAGCAGGGUAAGCUUAGAGAAUGUUUUCUGACACAGGAAGAAAGAACAACAACUUCUGCAUUAGCACAUUGCCAGCUGUAAAGGGGUAGUAAGUGGUGCAUGGAGGUUGUAUGUGCAAAUGUCAGUUUAACCUGAGGCCUUUUCUCAGGUGUGUUUUCUCAUUUUAAAAAUGCAUCCCUCCAGGCUGGUGGACAGACCUGACAAGUUCAACAGUGAUCAACAUCCACCACUGGUACUAGGGUUCUUGUUUGUCAGCUGCUGGCACAGCACUUUGUGCUGGUAUAUAUGAUUUCUUUGAUGUAAAUUCAGAACAAGCUGGAAAUAUCUGAGAUGAUUUUUUUUGCCUGACUUGAGAGGCUUAUAUGGAGUGGGCAGGGCAACAGUGAUGGAAAAAUCAGGGAAAAUACCUGUGCUUUUAACAAUGUCUCUUCUGUGGCUUUGAAAAUCCCAAGAAUUUCUCAGCCAGAGAAUGUAUUUCCUCCCUCUUUUUUAUAAGCUACUUCUUUCUUUUGCCUUAUUAAUUGUGGAUCUGCUCCUGCUUCUAUUUAAAGCCAGAUGCAAAAAUCAGUGACUUGACUUUCCUAGGUACAAUGUUGUAAAUCUGAAGAACCAGGUGAGUAGAUUACUCUAGUGGAAGAUCAUGCCCCCAUGUCUGUUCUUUUGAGUCAUGGGAUAGUUCCUGCUUAUGUUGAAAUCACUGUGUGGAGGGUGUUGGGUAUUUCAUAAGGAACUCCAAACUCCGCAAGACUGGGAUUCAUCUUACAACUUAAGUAUUUCAGUCUGGUUUUGGAGACCUCUGUAUGUCUUCUCUUCUGUUCAUGGUGUUCAAAAGUCUGUUGCUAUGGAAGUAGCACCUGAAGAUAUGUUUUGCCGAAGAACCUGCAAUGAAGCUGUUGCAUUAGCAAAUGGUAAUGUAUGUACCCCAGAGUUGAGUAAAAUAACAGAGGCCACCAAGUUUUUCUUGUUUUUGUGAUGAAAUGUUGUCAAAUUAAGUGAUUUGUUGGAACCUUCCUUUAACUUCUGUACAACAGUAAGCUUAGAGGAAAAGAAGAUUGCAUUAUUUUUUAAAAAGCUUUAUUUGUGACCUGGACUUGUUGCCUCUGACCCUCUUGGGCUUAAAUAGUUAUAUUAAUGUCCAGUUUGUUUCACUGUAGGUAACACAUCAACUGAAUACUCUUGUGCAUAAUCUACUGUAUCUUUCCUCUGUUCUGUGUCAAUGUAUUAUGUGUAUUUGGAUUACAGUUCUUUUUUUGUAUUAAAUUAUUUUAUGUUAUAGAACAAUAUUUAAGCAAAGCAAAGAGCUAAUGAAAGUUGUUGGCGUUUUGGGAUUUCUUUUCUCUUUGCUCUUUUUUUGGAUGUACUGUAAAUUGUAAACCAAGGAUGCCAAGCAGGCUUGGUUCAAUGGCUGAAAUUAUUGUAUUACAGUGUAAUGCUGAUCUAGGCCUUGUCUCAACACUAGAGCACACAGACUUGAAUAAAACUGUUAUAAAAGUGAUCGUC